GUUGAUAGAUGCCGUUUUUAAUCCAACUCUGCUGUUAUUUCUGACACCUGCUGUGUUGUCAGAGUUUCACGUAGAGACAGCUCCACCCUAACCUGGAAGAGGAGGAGGAGGAAGAGGAAGAGGAAGGUCUGCAGGUGAUCAGGACAUUUGCCUGUCAAACCGGCCAUGACAUUCCUUCGGUUAGCGGCUCGAAGCUGCAGAACUCUGACCGAUAUUCGUUGUCAGCCUGGCGGCUUCAUUACCUACAGAAGUAUCGCUUCAUACAUCCAGGGCCAGAGUCCCGAACCCCGCAUCAGAGAGUAUUUCUACUACAUCGACCAUCAAGGACAGCUUUUUCUCGACGACACUAAAGUGAAGAACUUUGUCACCUGCUUUAAAGAUAAACAGUUCUUGGUUUUCUUCUUCAGUCGCCUGCGGAUAAAUCAGAGCGGGCGUUACGAGGAGGAUUUUCCUUUCCUGUCUCUGUGCGGUAGAGAGAGGAACUUCCUGCGCUGCGACGACAAGCCGGUGGUUUUCACGCACCUGCUGCCGAAUCCAGCAGGAGACCAGGAGCUGCUCUCGUAUUGUGGCGGCGCAGAGAAGCUCUCUGUUCCUUUCCAACCAGAGGCGCUGUACAUGCAUCCAGUCAGCGGCCGGGUUUAUCAUCCUGGACUAGAGCGCUCGGGCGGGGUCGGACUGGUCAGGUCAUCCCUGGCCAUAGAGCUCAGUCCCACCUUUGUUUAUCCACCAGAGAGUGGCCAGUCGGGACAGCCCACGCACUUUCUGUGGAAAGGACAGAAGCACAGACUGACCAAUGAGCUGGCAGGAUGCUUCCCAGCAGUAGAUGAUGGCGGUGGGAAGGGAAAGCUGAGAUGAUCUUCAAAACAGUUCAUAAAAUCUAAAGUAUCGGUUUUCAUCUCUGGCAAGCUAAAAACUGCUGCUGUAGUUCAACUUUAUGUAUUCAUGUGAGAGAACAGUACAGUAUGAUGAGAUUGCAUCUCGUGUUGCAUCGUUUUUCUUUGAGUUUGGUUUUAAUCAAUAACAACAAUCUAGAAGUGGAAAUUUGAAAAAUGAAGGUUGUGUUUUCUCUUUUAUCUUGCUUAUUUUAUGUCCUCACAUUGUUGUAAUAUAACAAAAUUACUGCUUAAUGUUGCAAAGGUCGCCAAACAAGGGUGGCUUGAACUGAAGUGUAGAGUAGAGUAUAACAAAAGAAGAUUCAAGUAAUAUAUUAAUUACUGUUAAAUUUAAUAACUUAUAUGAGCAAAAUAACAACUCUGGUAUCGCUAAUGAUUUCACAAGAAUGCGCCACUGUUUCUCUGUAGACAGUGUGAAACGUGCUACAGAUCGACACAUGGACUGAGACGGACAUGUUAACCUCAUUCAUGCCUAUGAUGUUAGUUCCCUAACUUUAGUAACGUUACGGGUUAUUUGGACUCUGCUCAUUUUCAUGUUUGAUAAUAUAGCAGCCGUUCAACCGGGCUUUGUAAGGUUGGUGAAGAAUGCGUUCAUUAAAGGACAACCACACUGGUACUGUGUUCCCAGUACCAGUGUGGUUGUGAGCUUUUGGCUGUCCUGAUGA